CGUUUCUGAUACUUCUUUCUUGGGCUUCUAUCUUCCCCAGUUACAUAGGAAAGAACCAUUCCUAGCCGUGUCAGAAGUGCAGUGCGGAUUGCAAGCCUCCCCAGACGUCAUAGCUCCCUCGAUCCAGAGGUCGAGGCUACUUCCUGGGGUAACCCGAACUCCAUCGUCGAGACUUGCACCGUCGACAGGAACUUGGGUAAUUAACCAUGUCGAGCGACUGGACUUCAAUAUCCUCGCCGGGCUCCUCGGGAGCCCAGGCAGAAGCAAACACAACGAAUGCAGGAGCGCCGCCGGGCCCACCAGGACCACCAUAUCCCAUCGCCGGGGCAGUCGUAGGUGGCGUGCCGACGAUGCCGGUUGAUGAUCCCGUCAGCGCCGUCCUUGCCUUCUUCUUCAUCGUUGGUGCAGGCAUACAUAUGGGCAUUUUCCAAUUCAACCGGAAACACGGCCACCUGUUUGUGUUUUCGGCCAUGAUGUUCGCCUUUUGCUUGAUCCGGGCGGCGGCGCUGGUAAUGCGCAUGGUAUGGGCCUCGAACCUGCGGAACGUCAAUGUGGCCAUGGCUGCCAACAUCCUGACACAAGCCGGUACCGUCAUCGUCUUCGUGAUCAAUCUGUUCUUUGCACAGCGCAUUGUUAGGGGUUACCACCCUAAAUUUGGCUGGUCUACUCCCGCCAGGGUCGUUCUUCGUUUAUUGGUUGGGAGUUGUAUAGCGUGUCUACUCAUGGUUAUCAUCGCCACCAUCCAGUACUUCUUCACCCUCGACGAAGGCGUGAGACGCAGCUGCCGGAUCGUACAGCUCUUCUCGGGGUCAUACUUGAUGGUCCUUGCCUUCAUCCCGAUACCGAUAGUCCUCAUCGCGGCUUUGGCGCCGCGCGAUUCCCGUGUGGAGAAGUUUGGCGAGGGCAGUUGGUCGUCAAAGCUACUCCUGGUCACCUUCACAUCGACCCUACUCACCAUCGGCGCUGGUUUUCGUGUGGGAACCAAUUACUAUCCUCGUGCGGCGAAAGAUCCAGCCUGGUAUCACCACCAGGCGGCCUUCUAUAUUUUCAACUUUGUCUUCGACAUUAUUGUGACUUACGUGUACAUCGGUAUGCACUUCCACAAGCGCUUCCACGUGCCCAACGGCGCCAAAGGCCCCGGCUCCUACAGCGUCAUCAAGUCGUAUAGCAGUGACAAACCGUCACGUCCGGGCUCGUGCCAAUCAUCGCGCAACUCCAAGUCACCCAACAAGAAACCCCACCCGGGUUUCAAUCGUUUCAGCGGCGACCAGACACUGCGCAACGACUCCGAUGCUGCCCUGUCUUUCACCCCCGACCUGCCUCCUGGCGUGAAAGCUUACAUGCGCUACGCCGAGUUAGGCGAUAGUCCGUACGAUCACCGUAGCUAUGGUGGUGACACGACCGAUGUCGAUGCGGAAAGUCAGCACGCGCGCGAGCGGGUCGGGCUGGCCCUCAACGGACCGAUCAUCAAGGUUAGUAGUCACAAUGGCAGCAGCAGCACCAUCCACAAGGCUGGCACCACGGCCGGUCACACUAACACCGGCAUGUGGAUGCCCACCCUACCAGCCGAAGCCAGCGGAGGUGGGGCUUGGCCUAUCACGGUACCUAGUAGCCCUGCACCACCUCGCAGCCUGAAGAACCAGCCUAGUGGGAGGAGUACUCCGGGCGUUAAGGAGCAUAGUGGACGUAGUCUACGCGGCGAGAGCAGCUGGACGCCCCUCAUCGCUGAAGAUAUUGAGCUGCGGGAUUCGUCGUCGCGGAGUGGCGCGGGUGCGAAAGGAGAAAUUGGUGAGGCAGGAACUGAGCGAAUCACGCGUGCCAGCCAGAGUGCGCCGGGAAGCUCGUCGGUCAGUGUGAGGACGCGGUCGCGGAGUCGGACCCCGAGGCGGAAGUCGGGAUUUACUUAGGUUAAAAGACUUAGGUUAAAAGUUGGUGGCAAAGAAUUAGAACUGCAUUAGACGUUCGUGGCGCAGGGGUGGUGAUGACAUGGUGUAAGCGACGGCUUGGCAGGGUAGAGGUAGUUGGAAAUGAUUGGAAAUCCAGCAUGACGUGAACAGGAUGUAAUUGAAUGGAAACCUGGCGUUUUCGGCGUGUGAUGAGAUGGUUAAUUUAUGAUGUUAAUACUGAGAAAUGCCGAGAGAUACAAAAGUCGACAACUUCAUGGUUAGUCUGAGAAACAAA